GUUUGAACUAGAAAAGAAAAAUUUGGAAAUGCAAUUACUAUGUCGUGAAGAUGGAAAAGGAACGGCGCUCUCGGUCUCGCUCACCUCGAAGGAGGAGAGAGGAAAGAAGGAGACGCUCUAGAUCCCGUUCCAGAGAGAGGAGACGUCGUGAUGAUCGAUCUCGCUCACGGUCAAGAGAAAGGAGACGGCGAGAUGAAAGAAGAUCCCGCUCUCGGUCACGGGAAAGGUAUACACAGCGCAGACGAGAUCGGAAUGACAGUCGAUCUCGGUCUCCUCCUGCCCGAGCUGAGAGUCGGCAACAGGAAGCAGCCGCUCCGAGAAAGGUGACAAGUACAGUGGGAGCCUACAUGCCACCAGCAAAGUUAAAGAUGAUGCAGGAGCAGAUGGAAGACAAGACGAGUGAACAGUAUCAAAGGUUAACAUGGGAAGCGCUGAAGAAAAGCAUCAACGGUUUGAUCAACAAAGUCAACGUCUCCAAUAUCGCUUCCAUCGCCCGGGAAGUCUUUGCAGAAAACCUUGUGCGAGGCCGCGGCCUGCUGGCAAGAGCACUGAUGAAAGCCCAAUCUGCGUCGCCGUCUUUCACGCACGUCUACGCAGCGCUGAUCGCUAUCAUCAACAGCAAGCUACCACAGGUCGGUGAGCUGACUCUGCGGCGUCUUGUCCUUCAGUUUAGACGCUCUUUCCGACGGAACGACAAGGUACUCUGUCUAUCGUCAGCACGCUUCAUUGGCCAUCUUGUCAACCAGAAUGUUGCACAUGAGAUCAGUGUUCUGGAGAUUCUGACUUUGCUCUUGGAGCGUGCUACUGAUGACAGUGUUGAAGUGGCGAUUGGCUUGCUGAAGGAGGUCGGUGCGAAACUAACUGAUGUCUGCAAGCGUGGCAUUGUUGGGAUCUUUGAGCGUCUGCGUGCUAUUCUGAACGAGGGACAGUUGGAGAAACGUGUUCAAUACAUGAUCGAGGUUAUGUUUGCCGUUCGGAAAGAUCACUUCAAAGACCAUCCCGACGUUCUUCCUGAGCUGAAUCUGGUCGAAGAAGACGACCAGACAACGCAUUUGAUCGAGCUGGAGGAUGCUGGUGAUCAAGAAUCUUUACUGGAUGUGUUCAAGUUUGACCCCGAGUACGAGACGAAUGAGCAGCGCUACAAAGCAAUAAAGGAUGAAAUAAUCGGUGAUUCGGACGACGAGGACUCCGGCUCGGAUGAUGACUCGUCAGAGAAUGAAGACGAGGACGGCGAGGAUGGUGAGGGCCGCGGCGGUGCUGACGGUCCAGAAAACCUGGACAUCCAGGACAUGACCGACACGAAUGUGGUCGCUUUCCGGCGAACUAUCUACCUGACCAUCCAGUCUAGUUUGACCUUUGAGGAGUGCGCCCACAAGCUGAUGAAGCUGGAGGUGAAGCCCGGUAUGGAGAAGCCGCUCUGUACUAUGGUACUUGAAUGCUGUGCCAUCGGCCGCACAUACGAGAAGUUCUUUGGGCAGCUAGCUGAGCGCCUGUGCUUGCUGAAGAAAGAGUUCCAGGCAUCGUUUGUUGAGCUAUUCAAGGAGCAGUACGAGGUCAUUCACCGUCUGGAGACCAAGAAGCUGCGCAACGUGGCACGCAUGUUCUCCUGGAUGCUCUACAAGGACGCGUGCCCCUGGAGUGUUAUUGAGUGCAUUCAUCUCAAUGAGGACGAAACCACGUCCUCCAGUCGUAUCUUUGUCAAGAUUCUCUUCCAGGAGCUUUCAGAAUACAUGGGACUGCCCAAGCUCAACACUCGCCUCAAAGAUCCGUUUCUGUCACCGUACUUCGAGGGACUCAUGCCACGCGACAACCCCAAGUACACGCGCUUCUGCAUCAAUUUCUUUACGUCCAUCGGCUGCGGUGGCCUGACGGAUGACUUGCGCGAGCACUUGAAGAGAACGAAGUCAGCCUUGACCUCCUGAAACUGUGUAGAAGUCUUUUCUUCUUCUUUUUUUUAUUAGUCUGAAGUUUUUAAAGCCUGGAUUAGCCAGUACCUACUGUAAUUACCCGUCCCAGUCCCAGUCCCAGUCCCAGUCCCAGUCCCUACCUGCAUUACCGCCAUGCUGUGCGUGUGUGUUAGUUGUAAUGCCUCGUCCUCAACUGUACAAACUAUCUGUAACUCUAGAUCUUGUAUAUAUUAUAUCUGAUAGUAGUCCACUGCGUGUGUGUAUUUUGUACCGUUUCAACGCUAACCGCGCAAUGCCAACGUGUCAUCUUUGAAUUUGACCCCGUGAUGAUGACUUGGCUGCGUAGAAGAAAUACUUGGGCUGGGAUGGGGAUCGUCUUCUAACCUUGCUACUGCUUUCCUUUUCUUGCUCUGGUCCCUCCGCCAAGCAUAUUCAGAAUUGAUAAUUUGUUGAACAAGCCUCCA